UUACAGCCAAUUUCAGUAUGAGUUUGCAUAUAUAGAUAGUGAUAUGUAGUUUGCAAUAUGAUUUUUGUAACCGUUGCCUUCAAAAAAAUUGUCUUUUGCAAGAACAAACUUAUUGGUUGUGAUACGUAUUAUACAAGUCUGUAUUUUCCUUAUUUUAAUAUAAAGCAAUUUUAAGUGAUAGUCGAUUAUAAAACAAUCUUUCUGAAGGUCUAGUGUGCAUGCGCUAGGUGUACUCGAUCGAGAAAGUGGUGUUAUUUUACCUGAGGCAUAUGACGGACGUUAACAAUUUCUUUUUUAAUUUAACUACUAAUUCGCAACAAGAAUUAGCCAGAUGAAGAUAAUGUCAGAUGAUGAUGCUGCAUUGGACUCAAUGGAUACAGAAGAAGAUAUUUUUUCUCCAAGGGUCCGCAGUCUUGGCUCUAAUGUUAGAAGGGUUAAAAAUUUGCGUACUCUACGAUCAAAUUCUACUUCUCAUAUAUCUGUGAACAAUUUAAGCGUACGCCGUAGUACCCGUAAUAGAAUGCAAACAUAUGAUAAUCUUAACACUAGCUGGAUUUUAGGAACUCAAACAUUGAAAGGUUAUCCUAUGUUUCAACAACAUGGUUCUUCAUCUGAUAAAGAAAUGGUGGAUGAAGUACCUGAAAGGAAGCGUGAUGUUAGGGACCGUAUGCCUCUUAGAUCACGUGAAAAUCACCCUCCUAAUAAAAAUCCAACAAGACAUAUUAGGGAAAGGGCUGAACAUGAUAGGCAAAAUAAUAGAGAACUUAGAGGCAGAGGUGAUCGUGAUCUUAGAGAAAAAACAGAACAAGAGAAAGAUAUUAGAGAUCUUAAGGAAAGACAAGAAAGAGAGAGGACAGAGAGAGAACAUAAAGAUAAAAUAGAAACCAGAAGUAAAUCGAAUGAAGAGAAAGAUAUAAGAACAAGAAAAUCUGAUAGCCCAAGUAGACUUAAAGAAGGACCUGUUACAAGACUUGGUGGUAGCUUAGGUGAAAAAGAUGUAAAGCCUAAAGUAGAUCAAGAUGAAGCUGAUGAAGAUAGCUUGCAAGAAAGUGAAAAGGCUGAAAAUAAUGAUAAUUAUGAAAAUGAAGAUGGUUACGAAGACAUGUAUACACGUAUUAAACGAACUAGAAGAAAAGCACAGCGGCAAUUACCGAGAGGUGAAAAACUUACAGUGGUAGAUAGUGAUUUAAGUGAAUCGUCUGAUUCUCCUGGUCCUAGAAAAUACAGUUUACGUCAAAAAAAGCCUACUGUAGAUAGAUUUCAAGCUAACGUAGAACCAGUUCGACGGUCUAUAAAAGCACUUAGAAGUGUUCUCAGUAAUUCGAUGAGAAGGCGUAAACAUAGAAGCAAAAGUACAAGCUCUAGUGAUUCCAGCGAUUCGGAACCUCAACGUUAUGAUAAAAAGAAAAGCAAAAAAGCAAGGCAAUCAGCAAUACCUCAGGGUGGACCACCUCAUCGUAAAGCGGAUAUAAAUCCAAUUACUUUAGAUACUAAUAUUAGGUUCAGUGAUGUCGGAGGCUUAGAAUCACAUAUUCACUGCCUUAAAGAAAUGGUGGUUUUUCCUAUGAUGUACUCAGAUGUGUUUGAACGCUUUCACAUUACACCACCGAAAGGAGUACUUUUUCAUGGUCCACCAGGAACUGGUAAAACGUUAAUAGCUAGAGCAUUGGCAAAUGAGUGUAGUCAGGGGAGUAGGAAAAUGGCAUUCUUUAUGAGAAAAGGCGCGGAUUGUUUAUCUAAAUGGGUCGGAGAAUCGGAGCGGCAAUUGCGACUAUUGUUUGAGCAGGCUCAACUAAUGAAACCGUCCAUAAUAUUUUUUGAUGAAAUUGAUGGCCUUGUACCUGUUCGUAGUACGAAACAGGAUCAAAUUCAUGCUAGUAUUGUGUCUACACUUUUAGCGCUUAUGGAUGGCCUCAGUGAUAGAGGAGAGGUUAUAGUUAUCGGAGCAACAAAUAGAAUAGAUGCUAUUGAUCCAGCACUACGGAGACCCGGUCGUUUCGACCGAGAAUUAUUUUUUCCCUUACCUUCUAUGAAAGAAAGAUUAGAAAUAUUAAAAAUUCACGUUAGUAAAUGGAAAAAUCCUCCACCAGAUCAAUUGUUAGAAACAUUAGCUGAAAAAGCAACGGGUUAUUGUGGUUCAGACCUCAGAGCUUUAUGUACCGAAGCAGUUUUGCAAGGGUUGAGAAGAACGUAUCCCCAAAUAUACAUGACUAGCAAUAGAUUACUUUUAGAUCCUGAACGAGUUGAAGUAAAGAAACGAGAUUUUUUACAAGCAAGUUCUAUUCUUGUACCUUCAUCACAAAGAGUCUCGCCGUGUGCCCGAAGAAAAUUGGAACCCUUUAUGGAACCGUUAUUAGGGCCUUUAAUAGAAGAGUUACUUUCUUCGAUAAAAGGAAUAUUUCCUCAUGGGGUUAAUCUUGCUAUGGCAAAGGUGAAAAUUACUAAAGGAAUUCAUCGACCGAGGCUAUUAAUUUCUGGCGGAAAUUUGUCGGAAGGUCAAGGGCCACCCUUAGCACAGGCACUAUUGUAUCACAUGGAACAUCUACCAGUUCAAACGUUAGAUGUUAGCACUCUUUUUGCAGAAAGUGGACGAUCUCCAGAAGAAACCUGCGUGCAGGUAUUUAAUGAAGCUGCCAGAAAUGUACCGUCCAUAAUUUAUAUUCGAUCGAUUGAUCAGUGGUGGCCACUCGUACCUGAAACUGUCAAAGCAGUUUUUUUGUGUCGUAUCGCAGCCCUCGAUCCUUCAUUACCCAUCUUAAUUUUAGCCACAAGCGAUAGAACAUAUCAAGAUCUUCCGAUUCAAUUACGAAGCCUUUUUAGCGAGCUUCGCGGAGAAGUUUAUUCUAUGAAAACACCAACAGCGGAACAAAGAUCGAAAUUCUUCCGACCUAUUUUUAUGAUUCAAAGUCUAAAACCACCGAAAGUAAAGGAUGAUAAAGUAGAAGUUUUAGAGGAACUUCCCUUAGCACCAGAUCCUUUGCCAAAGAAGUUAACGGAAGAGGAAAGGAAAUUGAUAUACGAGAAAGAAGAAGUGUCGCUAAGGGAAUUAAGAAUUUUCUUAAGGGAAAUUUGUGCUAAGCUCGCAAGGAAUAGACAAUUUUUUAUGUUUACAAAACCAGUAGACACGGAAGAAGUGCCGGACUAUAAUAUGAUAAUACAGCAGCCAAUGGAUUUAGAAACAAUGAUGACAAAGAUUGAUAUGCAUUGUUAUCUCUGUGCACGAGAUUUUCUUGAUGAUAUUGAUCUAAUAUGCAAAAAUGCUUUGGAAUAUAAUCCAGAUAGAGAUCCGGCGGACAAAUUAAUAAGGCAUCGUGCAUGCUCUCUACGCGAUAAUGCAUACGCGUUGAUAAAAGCAGAAUUAGAUUCCGAUUUCGAGGAUAAAUGUCGUGAAAUUUCGAAGAACCGAAGAGUUACUGAAAGUUCAGUUAGCAAUGAGGCCGAUAAUAAGAAUAAUCGGCCAAAAGCGGAGCAACCUGUAACCAUAUCCGAACGAAUAGAUAAAAAAGAUUCUACGAAUUCUAGUCAUUCUCUUGUUGUAAAUGGAAAGAGAUAUAGUAAUUCUAGGAAGCGUAGGAUACCAGCUUGGGCAAGGGGUUAUGUUAAAAAAGUUCAUAAAAAGAAAAAGAUUGCAUUCGAUGAUAGUUCAACUACACUCGAUACCAAGGUCUGCUUAACUAAUGAAUCUACUACUAGCAUCGAUUUAGAAAAGUUCCAAGAAUUCGAAACCGAAGCAAAUAGUGUUCUAAAUGGUCAUAUACGUUUGUUUGAUAAUACCGAUUCCGAGAAUGAUUCGCAAAAUGAAAGUUCAAAGUAUGCGCAAGCAACUCAAAGCAAUAACGUUCCUGAUCAACGCAUCGAUGAAAUUGAAAAUGUGGAGAUAUGUUUUACAGAGGAAGAGAAACAAGUAGAAAAUAGUGGAUCUAAUUCUUCGUCUAGACGAGAAAGUAUGGAUGAAUUAUCAUUCGCCAUCGAAAGUGAUUCUUGUCUUGCUAGAUUCGAAGGUGAUGAGAAGCUUCUGGUAGACAAAAAUGAAAUGGAAAAUGCAUGGCAAUAUACCGUUAAUAGUACUAAUGAUUUUCCUGUUGAAGUAUUAUGUGACAUUUAUGUACAAUUGAGUCGAUGCGUAGGGAAAUAUGCUCAGAGUUAUGAUAGAAAAUCACUGCCAAAGGAUUUGCUCAAGGAAGUGAGAAAGUUUGAAGAAUUCAAGACAACGUAUCAGGAAGCUCACGAUAUCGCAAAUCAAAUGGACAUAGUAUAAAUCAUCUGCGAGGUUUAGAACAUAACAAAAAUUUUUUUGUACACAAGCACUGAACGAAGGUGAUCAGUAAAUGUGAAAUCACAUGAUAAUUUAAAUGAUUCUUUUUUUUUUUUUU